AUGGAAGAAUCUAGAAUUUGCAGACCAGGAGUAAAAGCAGACAUGUUGUGUAACUCUCAGUCAAAUGAUAUUCUCCAACAUCAUGACUCAAAUUGUGAUGGCACGGGUAACAAACAUUCACUGGAAGAGGAUGAAGGCAGUCACUUUAUAAUAAAAAAUAGGAAUUUGGUGAGCCAAGCAUACUGCAUGCAAGAGUCAAGAAAGAAACCUCCUGGGCUUAAAGCUGGAAUAGAGUCUUCUGAAAGUCAACAAGGUUCAGAGUGCAACAAGAACAAAGAAAAAACUUUAGGAAAAGAAGUAUUAUUAUUGAUGCAAGCCUUAAAUACUCUUUCAACUCCAGAGGAGAAGCUGGCAGCUCUCUGUAAGAAAUAUGCUGAUCUUCUGGAGGAGAGUUGGAAUGUUCAGAAGCAAAUGAAGGUUCUACAGAAGAAGCAGUCCCAGAUUGUGAAAGAAAAAGUUCACUUGCAGAGUGAACAUAACAAGGCCGUUUUGGCAAGAAGCAAACUAGAGUCUCUCUGCAGGGAACUUCAGCGUUACAACAAGACAUUAAAGGAAGAAAAUAUGCAGCAGGCAAGAGAAGAAGAAGAAAGUCGUAAAAAAGCAACUUCACACUUCCAGUUUACUUUAACUGAAAUUCAAACACAGCUGGAACAGCAUGACAUACAUAAUGCCAAACUUCGUCAGGAAAACAUUGAACUAGGAGAGAAGCUGAAGAGGCUCAUUGAACAAUACACACUGAGAGAGGAGCGUAUUGAUAAAGUAUUCAAACGUAAGGAACUGCAACAACAGCUUGUGGAUACCAAGCUUCAGCAAACAACACAACUCAUAAAGGAAGCUGAUGAAAAACAUCAGAGAGAAAGAGAGUUUUUAUUAAAAGAAGCAACUGAAUCGAGGUACAAAUAUGAAGAAAUGAAACAUCAAGAAGUACAAUUAAAACAACAGCUUUCUCUUUAUAUGGAUAAAUUUGAAGAAUUCCAGACUACCAUGGCAAAAAGCAAUGAGCUAUUUACAACCUUCAGGCAGGAAAUGGAAAAGAUGACAAAGAAAAUUAAGAAACUGGAAAAAGAAAUGAUAAUAUGGCGUACCAAGUGGGAAAGUAAUAAUAAAGUACUUCUACAAAUGGCUGAAGAGAAAACUAUUCGCGAUAAAGAGUACAAGUCCUCUCAAAUGAAAUUGGGACGGUUAGAGAAGCUGUUUAGAGCUCUUCAAAUGGAAAGAAAUGAGCUCAAUGAGAAGGUAGAAGUCCUGAAAGAGCAAGUCUCUGUAAAAGAAGCAGAUGUAGAUUUAGCAACAGCUGUGAUAAAGCCUUGUACUACUAUUGCUUUUCAGAAAGAGUUGAACACUUCCUCUAAGAGAGCUCCAGGAAUCUACUUGCAGGAUGAAACCAAGACAGAAAAUAAAACAAAACGAAGUUCAAAAGACCUGUCUCACAUAAUCUCUUCGGGGCAUUGA